GCAGCCCCCCGUGUUCCGGUCCGGCCAUGGAUUUCCGCAACAUUCUCGUGAUGGCCUCGGAGCAGCAGGGGCUGAAUGCGGUGCCGAAAAGGUACAGUUUGGCCGUUGGUCCUCCCAAAAAAGUUCCCAAAGUCAAGGGUGUAGAGUCUGCAGCAGUGCAAGCAUUUCUCAGGCGACAAGAAGAAGAAAAGAGAAAAAAAGCACUGGAAGAAAGAAGGAAGAAAGAGCAGCUCUUGGCGAGGCGUAUUGAACUGAAACAUGACAGAAAGGCAAGAGCUAUGGCCUCACGAACAAAGGAUAAUUUUUAUGGCUAUAAUGGUGUUCCUGUUGAAGAGAAGCCUAAAAAGAGGAGGGCUUGUGAGAAUGUUGCUCAGGUCCCAGAGGCUGAGUAUGCAACAGAGGAUGAAACUGAGCAACUUGAAUACAGUCAGACAGAAUCUGAGCAUGAGCAAGAAGAAUAUGAAGAGAAACCAUCCAAAGUUGCAGUGAAACCAAAGGUGCCUCCCAAAAGUGCACCAGCACCUCUGAACUUUGCAGAGCUCUUGAGACUUGCUGAAAAGAAACAAUAUGAACCAGUGGAAAUAAAACCAGUCAAAAAGGUAGAAGAGAGGCCUAGAACAGCAGAAGAAUUGAGAGAGAGGGAGUUUUUAGGGCGCAAAAACAAAAAAGUAGAAAUGCAUAAGAAAAGUGAGAAGGAGAUUAAGCCUACAGGGAUAUCUAGUUCUUCAAAAAAACUAUCUUCUCAAAAAGCAUCUGUAAACACAAAACUUAAUAAAAGCUCAGUAGAUAAACAUUCCACAUCUAAAAGCAGUCUGCCACUUUCUACGGGUGGUACUGAUAAGAAAUCCAAAGCACCAGCAUUGACUGAAAAACACUCACGGUCAUCAUCUUCUAGACUUGAUCAAAUGGAAAAAAACUCACAAAAUGGUUCCUUAAAAAGCUCUACUGGUAGCAGUCAUAAUAAAUUACCUGUCAAUGGUAUUAGGAAGUCUGGCUCAAGCUCUCACGUGCCACCCUCAAAACCCAUGGUCAACGGCGCUCAGAGGAUGCCAUCUGCAAAAGAAUCCAGCCUGAAAAAGUCUGCCCAUGCAAAAUCAGGAAAACCUGCAGCCCUUCAACAUGGAAUCAACUCCAAUGCAAAACGAUCCGGCAGCAGCUUAGGAAAAGGAGGACCUGGACAUCCUGCAGGUGGUUCAAGUGCAGGACUGGGGCGAUCAAGCAGCAAUUCUGGUAUGGGGCCUGGAAGGCCAGGAAGCGGUUUAAGCUCAGGACCUGGGCGACUGGGCAGCAGCUCAAGCACAGGACCUGGGCGACCAGCAGGUGGCUCAGGCGUGGGGCCAGGAAGGCUGAUGGCCAGCUCAAGCACAGGACCUGGGCGACCCGGCAGCAGCUCAGGCGUGGGACUUAAGCGACCAGGCUGCAGCUUGGGCACUGGACCGGGAAGGCCGGGCAGCAGCACAAACAUAGGACCAGGGCGACCAGGCAGCAGCCUGGGAACAGGACCAGGAAGGCCAGGAAUCAGUCCAAGCACAGGAGCCAAGCGACCAGGCAGCAGCUUGGGCACUGGACCAGGGAGGCCGGGCAUCAGCACAAGCGCAGGACCUGCGCGACCAGGCAGCGGCCCGGGCACAGCUGUGAAACCCAAGUGUACUGUCGUGUCAGAAACCAUUUCUUCUAAAAACCUUGUCACAAGACCUAGCAAUGGACAGAUGAAUGGAAUGAGACCUUUUCCAGGACAUAGACCUGUGCUUCAUCCACAAGGUCUUGGAAGACCACCUGUUAGUUACAAGAGACAAAUAGAAGAUGAUGAUGAUGAUGAAUAUGACUCUGAAAUGGAUGACUUCAUUGAAGAUGAAGGGGAACCUCAAGAAGAAAUAUCAAAACAUAUUCGGGAAAUAUUUGGCUAUGACCGGAAAAGGUACAAAGAUGAAAGUGAUUAUGCCUUACGUUAUAUGGAGAGCAGCUGGAGAGAGCAACAGAAAGAAGAAGCUAGGAGCUUGAGACUCGGUGUUCAGGAAGACCUGGAAGAACUGAGACGGGAAGAAGAAGAACUGAAACGCAAGAGGCAGUCGAAGAAGCUGAGGACACGUUAACUGACUUAUGGUGUUGACUUUGUUCAUGUUUCUGCUCCCCUCUGCCUCCAUACAUCUCUUAUUCUACUUCAGUUUCCAUUUGCUUGUUAGAGAGCAAAAGAAUAUUUAAAGGGAUUAAAGUACUGAAAAGCAAGGCUUUAGUUUGACCUAAAUAAGAUAUUUAUUUUUAAUACUUGCCAGGGUUGUUUUUUAUGAAGAAAUUAAUGCACUAAUGCAUAUUAAAUGGAAUAAAGUUAAUAGACAUUAAUUCCAUUGAUUAAACCAGUUCAAGAUGCCAGCAGAAAUAUUGACUAGCUAUGCACUGACUUGGAACUGUGUGGGCCACGUACCAGUAAACCAGUUUUGCAUUCGCUUGAAAGAAAGGAAUAGCAUUCUUGUUCCCUGAUAUUUCUUGAGACUUGGGGAAAUUGCUCUAUAUCUUGCCCUGUCUCCCAAAACGAGCCUCCAAGUGUUAAAAUGUCACCUUCUGUACAGGAGCAGCUUGGGUGUAAAUUCAGCCACAGCCCACAGGUAUUAAAGGCAAUAAAGUGCUGCAGAUCUUCUGAUUUGAGGACCCAUAAAAA